AUGACGCGAGGUGAAGCUUCAAAGGACCAGGACAACGUCCAGCAUCCAGCAAAACGAGCCAAAAGAGGAACAUACGCCCCGAGAGCGUGUGUGAUGGGAGGAUUCCGUGUCAAGCUUGUUCCGCCAAAAGCCGCCAUUGCCAACGCCAUGGGACGGACAUGCGUGGGCGAUGGAGAACAGCUAGCCGUGUAUCGACGGGAAGCGGAGACCUCGCGUCCCGGCUGA